AUGUUAAAAAGUGAUUUUUUUGGGGGGGUGCCUUUUGGAGAUACAGCACACGUCAAGGACUGGCUUAAAAUUAAAGGAUGUGUCAAUAAACCCAAAAGAGAACAUCCAAAAAGACUUAUUCAUGGCUUGGACUGUACAAGAACUGAAGUCAGUGGAGGUCGGCUUUGGGGUUUCUUCAAAGAACACAGCAAAUCACCUGAGAAUUUUUUCCACCAAUGUUUCAUUCAUAACUAUUGUCCCCUUGUGUUCAUGACAUCAAGCGGCAAAAACAUUACUCCUCCUCAACUGCCCAAAGGUGAAAGACAACGACUGCUCAAACUUUGUGAUAAAUCUCUUGUAGAUGUUGUGAAGUUAACUGAUGUUAAGAUUGUUGUGGGAGUUGGAAAGUUUGCAGAGGAAAGAGCUCGCAAAGCUUUAAUUGACUGUGAAGUUGAAAUUUUUUCAAUAAUGCAUCCCAGCCCAGCCAGCCCAGCAGCUAAUGCUGGGUGGAGUGACAUUGUUUUGACACAGCUCACAGAUUUGGGGCUCAUGGGUUACAUUAAGAAUGAAAAUAAAAGAUAGGGCUGCACAACCUGGUGGCUUGUUUUUAAGGUUCCAAGUAUUUACAUGUACCUUAUGAAAAAUCCAGGUCUAACAAAGAUGGCUGACGGUGUGCUCUGUUUGGAGUUUACUCAUUAGAGCAGUAAAGAGUUGCAAAACACCCCAAACAAGAGAACUGCUGAAAGGCUGAUGGACUUCCUGAUUGUGUGUACUGUUUUGGUUGUAAUGAAAAUAUAUACUUUUGUUAUAUCACAUUAAAUUUUGUUGCCCAACAGAAUCAUCACAUUCUGCCAAUGCUAUGGUGUUAUUCUCUGCUUAUGAUACUCAAACAGUAAGGCUUUGCUCAAAAGGACUGCCAUCAGUGAAUCGUCAAACUCACAGCAAUUUGCUACAUGGGAGGCACACCUCCAGACUCCUCUCCACAGAGGGACACUUCCCUGUGACCUUCCCCAAAUGCUGCCACGCCCUGCACUGAAUGGGCAAUGCUUAGGCUACCAGUACAUUUCUAAGAAUCAACAAAUUUUGACUUGGCUCCCAGGCUUGGAGGAAUUAACCAAAACAAAUCACAUCAAGGGUGAGGGAUGAAAAAUUUAUUUCUUUUGUGUUAUUCCCCCAAGCCUCAGAGCCAAGUUAGAAUUUCCAAUA